CUAACGCUGGGCUUCCCAAAUACGUAGUAUGAAUUCACUCUUCAGAAAUAAACGCCCUUGUUUUCUCGUAGGGAUAUGAGACGCUUGCUACGUGCAGUUCAUGUCUGUUCUGAACACACCAGUGAAACAAAAUAGAAAUGUCACCCUUAUGGGACUUUUGUUUUGUGGUGUGUAGGUAUAACUGGCAACUGAGAGAUGGAGAAACAAAGUACCUUCAGGAUGAGGUUUGUUACAAUGAUGAAACAGGAAAAACAUGCCUACUGUGGUUUUGUGGGGGAAAAGCUGAUAGGAUGCUUGUGCAUCCAGGGCAGCUGGUGUACCUGUCUUGCUCCCCUAGGCCACCAAGCUGCUGCAUGGAGGGCCAACACCAGCAGCUCGCUGUAAAAAUGGGCCAUAGGUUUUGAGGUUGGGCCCUUUAGUCAUGAUGUUUGUGACUUACUUGAACCUUCACUGGAGCCAAUUCUUUCCAGCAUCUCCAUUAUAGGAGUUGAAUGGGAUGGAUUAGACCUUAGCGUGCUGUGUGGAAAGCACGCUGAUUUCUGCUCUGUGCACUUUACAGGAUUCAUUUAGUUUUUAUGCUUAUCUUUUACAUGUUCAACUACGAACUUAAUUUGCAGAGGAGAUUGCAAAAUACGCUUAGCCUUGAUAAUUGCUAUGGCAAUCAUUUUAAAUCGUGUAAGGAGGUUGGGAGAGUGUGGAAGGCUUUCAUUCUUAUUGUUACAGUUACUGUCCUUAAAUACUGUGUUUUCCUGAGCUUUUAUUCAGAAGGGCUUAGGCAUUUCCUGAAAUAUUUUGGCACAAUCCAUAGGCUGUAAAUAUUAUCUGUCUGUUUAGAGAAAAUCCAGUUGUUUGGGUUUCUUUUUUUUUCCCUUUCUGGUCUUUGCAAGCGUGGCUCAGUGCUGCUCUCAGCUCCACAGCACUGUACGUUUCACUUGGUGCCAUCCAAGCAUGCAAAUCAAGGAGCAGCCUUGCCUUCUGUCCCCUUCCCUGCAGUAGUUGCUCCCUUUGAGCCUCCUAGGAGGCACCACAUUGGGUGCAUGGUCAGGUACACUUGGUGCCAAUGUCCUCUGCACCAAGGGACACAAACCAGGUGAGUUUCACAAGUCACCCCAGAGAACCAUGCCCAACCUGGUACUGCUAGCAGCAGGUACUGAGGUCUCAUGUAUUACCCAGGUUAGUGUAUUUCUAGGUUCUUCCAGCAUCUGUUUCUUUUCAGAGUUCACUGUGCUUCUCAAUACAAAUGCUGGCUUAUUGACUACAUUUCUCUAGGUGCACUGCUGGGGUUUUCAGCAGAUCUGACCUCUCUAAUCACAAUAGAAAUGAAGAGCAGUCGUAGGCACUGAAAUCCUUCCAGCAUGGCUCAUCUGCUGGCCCCUUGGGUACAUUUUGCACCUCAGAUGAUCAUCUGAAGAGACAAAAAUAAGGUGUGGCUGCAGAAUUGCUGCAUGGGGCCAGGAGUUGUCCUUGCAUGGAGAGCAGCUCCCUGAGCUUCUGAUUUCUGUUUGUGUUCAGGGUAGAGAUAGUGUUUGGAAGGAGAGAAAGUGCAGGAUCACCAUGUGAGUGGGGCUGCGAAAGACCUGCCAAAGGAAGUGUAUGACACUGAAUAUUCUUGAGUUUUUGUACUUCUCUGUAUGAGCUCUGUGUGGGUUCUAGUGUUGGGACCUGGAUGCUGAGGAGAUUUUGGUUUGUGCCUGUAGGCGGUGGUGAUGGUUGUGGUGUGGAGAGAAUGUGCUGCACAGCCUCCUGGAGGCUGGUGUCUGAGCCUGCAGCUGCUGGGAGCCUUUGGUGGUGGGCCCAGCUGUGGGCUGGGACACUGCUGUCAGGCUGGGGUGAAAAUACUGAUUUGCAGACAGUGAAAUUUUCUCUGCCUUCCAUUGCCUCGCUGUUGUAUUUCUCUGACGUGAAACAGAUGAAACGAAACAACUUUUUCUGCAAUAUUCUACUUUAUUAAAAUAACCACACAGCAUAUGAGCUGGGGAGGUAAGUAGUCCCCUGAAAGACUAAUGCAGCUCUCUUAUUGUACUUGGACAGCAGCCUUCCUACCUUGCUGUUCUUGGGAGACAGUGUUCGUGUCUCACUCAGCGCAGCAAUUUGCAGGAUUUCUGGGGGGAAGUUGGCCAACAACCAUAACAUCGGUUUUUGGCAGUUUCAGCAGGUCAUUCCGAAUUUGGAGAGUACCUUCCAUCCCUAGCUUAAAAUAUUUAUUAAAUAUAAUCUAAAUGGAAAGCAGCCCAAACAUAUGAGGGCUCAUUGGAUUCCUGGACGCUAAUCUGGGAGCGGUCAGCUGGUCCAUGUUACAUGCCAACCGUGUGAAAAUAGUGUUGGUUAUUUGAGCAUUGGUCCAGUGUUUACACAUCGUUAUCCAAACACUGCAUUGAAGAACAGAGCUCAAGUUUUCCCUUGUAUUAUGUCUGAUCAGCAUACAGGACUACAAAGUCCUUGCACAACGGUGAUAUCUAUUAUGUAUUUCUAAACAAGCUUAUACCACAGGGUUGAGGGUAAUAAUAUAAAAAAAAUGUUAAAAUUCAAUUGCAUCAGUCAUGGUAAAAUUUCAUUAGGAAAAUGGGCUAAAAUUAAUGAUGCCUGUGCUCAAGAAAGAGAAUUUGAACAGGAAGGAAACUGGAAAUAUUAAUGUGCAGAGGAGCCCAGAAGAGUUUGUUUGUUCGGUGUCCCCAGUCGAAGGGCUGGAUCACUCCCUAUGCAUUAUAGGAGGAAGAGCAGUUACUCAAGCUAAAACUUUGGCAUACAAACACAGAUAGAAACUGGCUCUGAAUGCAUUCAGGCAGGAAAUUGGAAGGGGAUUCAAACUAUCAGAGGUGUAAGGCUCAGCGGCAGCCUGCCAACAGGGAAGGCGGAGGGUGAAAACUCAAGAGUGAGCUCCAUAAAUUACAAUGUGAUCAGAAAAUGUGGUUUCUUGCAAUAGCAGUUGGCUGACCAGGGUGGCCGUGAGGUUGCAGUGAACUCUCAUCUCACUUGCGUCAGGACCCUGAUGAAAAAUGGUCUCAUGGUAGGAGGUGGAGUUCCCUUAUGGAAGAUGCAGCUGCGGAUGGGAGCAGUGGGGCUGUAUGGAAGGAGAAACGGAAGCUCAGGGCUCAGAGAACCCCUUUCUGCCGGUUUGCAGUUCCCUGGACAGAUAAAGAGAUAAAUGUGAAAGUCUGGAAAUGAGUAGACGGUAAUAGAAACCCAUCCUGAGCAAACCCAAAUCCCAUGCCACGGCAUGGGGAGCCAGCUUGUCUGCUGGGGCUGGCAGCCUGAGUGCUGGGCUGCCUCACGCUGACACCACGUCUGGAGGCAGAUGCAUGAGAAUAAGUGCUUCUGUAAUGUGUUUUUCACAUAUUUAGACAAGGGCUGUGUAAAUACAUGUGAAUGCGCAGCCUUGAAUUCCUUGGGCCUGUGGUUUGGAGAAACCCAAAGAUGUUACAACAUGCCAGCUUGAAUUUCUGGAUACAAGGGGCUUUUGAGGAUUCCUGUCUUUAUUGUGUCUCAAUAAUAGGAGCAGCUGGCUGUGGGCACAGCUCUCAAAUGAAACAAAGGAUGGGCCUCGACUUCAGCUGCGGUGUGGCUUUCUGUAUGGCUCCAACAUGCCAGCAUUCAAGACCUUUCUAUGUGCUGUAAGAACUUAAUUCCCUCUUGCUGACAGCACGGUUGCUCAAAUUGAAUCCCUUAAAAGUUAGGAAAAUCUCAUCUGAGCUAAAAUUAGCCAUGCUAAAGUUCAGAAGAUCAUUUUAUUCUAAAGCAGGCGCAAAGGCUGGGACCUCAGGAGCUUUGCAGUGUGGUGCGAGACUGUCAGUGUCACAGGGAAUUUGUUCAGGAUCUGAUGUACAGUGUUGAUUCCUGUGCUUGAAUCUUUUGCAAGGCUUAUAGCACAGCCCUGAGUUACAGAACCUGCAGGCUCCAUCAGCUGCUGUUCAUAAGUGAGCAAAGGACAGUGGAGACAAACCUACAGCAAGCAUUUACACCUUACCUACAAAUAGCCGCUUCCACCUCCUCAGUGUGGCAGAAAAUCAUUUAUCUGGGCCAGCUGUCUCUGGAGGACAUGUGCCUCACUUGGGCCUAUGGAUCACGACUGAGUACAUUUUACUUUUUCACCCUUUCUUGAGCCCUGUGAAUCCAGCAAACUGUUUCACUCCUUGUGUGCAGCAAGGAAUAGUCAAGACAGACCAAAGCAACCCUAUGCCUUAAGCCCCCAAGCAAGGGAAAAUUGAUAAUUUAUGGCCAGGAAUAACAAGAUCUCCAUGAAUAACUCCUGAUCUUACCCUGAUGCUGAGAGCAGUUGUACCUCGUGAGCUCGUGGUCUGGAGCUGAGCUGCUUCCCCACCCUGCAAUGGACCCAUUGGAGGAGGAGGCAUGAGUAUAUCCCCACUCUGCUAUAGGAAAACAGUGUACAACCAUGCAUCUGGACCUCUGUUCUCUUUCUGUGUCCGAGGGCAUUGGUUUGAUGGUUGUGAGCCAGUGGGAGCUGUUAAAACAAUUUAAUUCUUGAGCUGUCUUAUCAGGGAAGGAGUUGGCUGCUUUCGUUGGCCCCAGAAACAGAAAAGCACUGUUCUGACAUGGGUUGCACGGUUCUCAGAUUGGAAGCACCUGUGUGAUGGAUAACAGAGGUAAGAGGCAGGAGAAGAGCAGGGAAUGGAAAAUAGAACAGAGCCAUCCCAGUGUAUUGUCCUGGAGCUUUAUUCCAGUGUACGGUUACAGCCUGUACUCACUGCAGCACUAUUCCAGCACGCUAUCCCGCAGCUUAUAAAUACAAGAGCAUUUUAAGUGGCAUACUCAGAGGAAUUAUCAGCUGCAAUCAAUGCAGCAGAUGAUUGCUAUAACUGCUGGUGCUCCAGGGGACUCUGAGGGUGGGGGUCUGCUGGACAGCACACCACAGCCAGACCACCUUCAUAUGCUUCUGAAAGCGCUGUUUCUGUCUCUGUUUAAUCCAAUUUCAAUUUUGUGCUCCAAAAAAGAAACCUCAUGGCAUGUGCUUUCACAAGUCUAAAACUUGUGGAUGUGUGUCCUUGAUUCAAAUGUUCUUCUUUAAUGCCAGCAGGAAGCAAUGUCUCUGCAGGAUCUUUUAUAGAGCAAGAGCUGCUCCAAAAGCUUGACAGAAAUUGAUGUCAUUCUCAACAAGAGACCAGGGAACAGCAACACUCAGCGGAUGCGCUGCCAUUAGCUGUGAGAGAGGAGCGCACGGAGAGCUGCACAGUGUGCCAGAACAAAUAGAUGUUAGGGGAAUUGUUUCUCUUUGUUCCCUGCCUUUGUCCUUGUGAUUCUGGGGUAGGUUUGUGGGAGCAGGGGUGCAGGAUAUUCCAGCCUUGGGAGUGCUGUCUGCUGUCAGCGCACAGGUUUGGGGAGUGAUCUCCCACCUGAUGCUUUUGUGUGUCUCUCUCCUCGUUCGUGUCACUUUUCUAGCACAGUUUCCAGCCCUGGAUAUUCUGGUUUUGUCCACACACCCUGGGGGUACCUCAAUUAUAAGAGGAGAUAGAUAGUUCUGAAUAACAACAAGCAAGCACACCAAGAUGCCUUUAAUGCCUCCCAUCUGGCAGCAGCUCCCAGGUUGCAGGGCAGCCUGCUCGUGGGCACAGCAGGGAGGUGGGUUUGUGGUUGCCCUGUAGGGUGUUCUGCUGCUCUGGGACGUGCCCGGCUGCAGCCUCGCAGUGCUCACUGCUGCUUUGUUCCAGGACGCCUGGUCUUGCUGCCAGGGCUGUUUUGCUCUGAGGAAUAAAGAAGCGCUUUGUAUCGUGAUGUCCGUGGAGGAAGAGGACGUGCCAGGUGUGGGUCCAACUGAACCCAUUUUAUAACUUCAUGCUGGCUGUGAUCUGCAGAGCUCUCUUGUGAGCGUAUGUGUGCGAGCACUUGGAAAAUGUUGCAGAUGCUUCAAGAAAGUUAUUUAUAUGUGGUUUGUUUGUUUUCCACCGGAAGCCAGCAGGAAUGGUAGAGCUAACAAAUGCAUCAGCGUCAUUCCUCUGUAGAUUCCAAGUGCUCAGUGUAGAAGAUCUUGAAGGCACCCAAGAUCAGGCUGGAUGGGUUCGAGCACCCGUUUGAGCUGUAGGUGUCCUUAUUCAUUGCAGGGGAGUUGGACUAGAUGACCUUUAAGGGUCCCUUCUAACUCAACGAUUCUAUGAUCACCCCACGUCUCACAUGCUGCUAAAAGGCCAGCAUGGGCUUGUUGCAGCCUCUUGGGCCAAAACUCAUCACGCUCCCAAAUCUCCCACACCCCUGCUUACCCAACUAUGGUCCCUUUUUGGGGUCAUGUCCGGAUACUGUGUUGCGUGAGAUGCAUCCUGCCCUCGCAGGGCUGGUUUGGGGAAGGCAAAGCAGGACUACUGCCCAGCUGUUGUGGCUCUGCAAGUCAUCACUUGCAGCUGCAGCAUGCCAGGACACCUCAUGCUCCUUUAUGGCCCUUCCAGCAGUCUGAUCACACCAAGCAGCCCUGCCUGAUGGGUGCUUGGGGUGUUGUGAUUGGGGUGCACCUGGUGGAAGGGUGUUGCGUUUGCAACCUGAGCACACGCUGCCUGAAAGCACUUGCUUUUCCACCCCCACUUUUAUUUCUUUGAUCAAAGAAACCUUUCAUCAAUGCCAUAAGCUCACAAGUUGUUUGCAAACCUUUCCUUCCUGGAGGAGGUGUAGGACUUUGCCUGCAAAGGGCUGGGGGUGUUCUGCCUUUGGCAAGGAGCCUGAGGGGCCACCAGCAGAAGCCACGCUUCUGCCUGUGUUCAGCAGGGAUGGGAUGGCAGCUGACAAAAUUAAACUGGAAACAGAGCCCGAGCCUAGGAAGGCUGCAGAAACACAAAGGCAUUUGUAAACUAAUGUAAUUACUUUCCUCAGUGCCUUUGAAUAAAGUUGGCUCCACUUUAAAGGCUUUUCCCUACCCUCAUUUUACAUUGUGUUCUUUCCUUUCUCCUGGUUUCUAUCUUCCCCUUUUCUCUUUUAGGUUGGAGGAGCUGUUAAGUUCCAAAAUACCUAUCAGCAGUUGUUAUCCGUGCCCUCACUAAAACAUAGAGCCCUUGAAACAGUUUCUUUUUGAAGACGAGGAUAAUGCACGCAAUGGGGAGGAUGGCUGGGCAUGUUCAGCCAUAGCAUGGAAAACAUUUUUGCCACUGCACCCUGGUGGCAUCUGGGGCCCCCAGCCCACAAUGAAGUCUUAUUGUGACUUGGCAUGAUGUUUUUUAGAUUCUUCAGGGGGUUCUCCCAGCGAGAUGGGAGCAGAGGCUGCAGCAGAGGGCCGAGUGGGGAAGCUUUGCAGGAAAUCCAGCCGUGUGCCUCAAGUGGCUCCUGAGCGUCUUGGUUAGAAUAAUUGUAGAUGAAGUAGGUCUGUUGCAAGGGGAAAUAGCAGGACACUGAGUUGCUGCAUCAUACAGCACAAGUAUUUAAUAAGAAAGCAAUUAUUUGGUGGAGCUCGUGCUGCAGAAAAGUCAGGGGAUAACCAUCCACCAAUGCCCAGGGGUCAGGAUCAGCCCUUUGGCCACAGUGGCUCUGCAGAGGGUUCAUGGCUGUAAGGCUUGUGCAUGCUUUGAACCAGAACUGAAUGGAGGAGGAGCUUUUUUUUUCAUGGAAAAUGCUGACCUUUUGUACAAAAGCAAAGUGCAGACAGAGCAGUUUUACUUUUCCAGUGAGUUAACGUUUUCUGCAGGCCUUUCUCCUUGGAAAGCCAAAUGUAUCUGAAAAUCCCUUUUUCCUUUAUUUUUCUUCAUUCUCAAGCAUCACUGCUUCAUGGCUGGGCUUUGCCACCCCAAUUCUGGCAGCCCGAAGUUGGAAAUUGACAACAAAUGAGAGGUUGUAUUACCUGAAUUAUGAUCACCUGGGCAAGGGACAGCCUUCUACUCAUCACCUGCAUGUGGUGGGACUUGUUUGUUACUUAAAGCCAUGGGAAAGGACCAGCAGCUGCCUCUGCAGCCCUUCUGCAAGCACCAAUGCAGAAGAUCCUGCUGGCUGCCUUGACCCCAAAGCAAACCCUGUUGGGUUAUUGCAGGCAGCAGAACACAGGUUGGAGCCUGUUGUAUUUGUUUUGCUUUGCUUUUCAAACCAAACUGCCCAUCCCUGCCAAGCAAUGUUGCUGGUGUGAUGAGAGCCGGUUCCCGCAGACCUGUUGGGGUUAAAUGGAAAACUUCCCAGCGGAAGCAGGAGAAGGAGCCAUGCGCACAUGUGGUGCCACGCUGGGCUCCGGAAAGGCAGCUCCUGGCUGCCUAUGCUGAGGGAAAGGCACAUAUCCCUGCUUCUCACCUAGGAUGCGUGUCUCACAGCUCAUCGCUAUGGGGAGCAGAGCAGCCUGAUGUCAUCUGGUGGCUCUUCAGAAGAAAAAAGAAAAAAAAAAGAUUUUUGGUUGCUGCCAACUUCAAGGACUCAACGGGCGGAAGAUCUUCAUCACAAGGGAACCAAACGGAGCACCCUGAGUGGGGGUGGAACCGGGCAGCCCAGCUAAUGCACCUGGAGGUGGCCAAGAGGAGCCAGCGGUGCUCGGAGCCCCAGGACAGCGCCGCAGGGAGAAGCCAGAGCCCAGCAGCUGAACAGAGACCAUGGCAGCAGGGACACAGCACUGGGUUUGCUGCUGCAAGCUCUGCUGUGGACCUGGUGCAUGAAUUCAAGAAUCUCGCAGAACAUUGUUACACCAUAAAUAGUGCUUUUCAGUGGAUAUAUUUGCUCCCUCAUGUAGCGUGUUAUAGGAAUGCUUUUUCAGUGUGAUUUGAUGUCCUUGGAUGAAGGAUGCUCUAUAAAUGCCAAGUGCACCAGUACUACAGUUGCCUUCCAGAAGACAAGGUGCCCUACGUCAACAGCCCGGGGGAAAAGUCUCGCAUCAAGCAGCUUCUGCACCAGCUGCCUCCUCAUGACAAUGAGGUCCGUUACUGCAAUUCAUUGGAUGAGGAGGAGAAGAGGGAGCUCAAGCUCUUCAGCAAUCAAAGGAAGAGGGAAAACUUAGGGAGAGGAAAUGUCCGACCAUUCCCUGUGACCAUGACAGGAGCCAUCUGUGAGCAGUGUGGUGGGCAGAUCAACGGAGGGGACAUCGCCGUCUUUGCCUCGCGAGCUGGGCACGGCGUUUGCUGGCACCCUCCUUGCUUCAUCUGCAGCGUCUGCAAUGAACUGCUGGUCGAUCUGAUCUACUUCUACCAAGAUGGCAAGAUUUACUGUGGCAGGCACCAUGCCGAGUGCCUCAAACCUCGGUGUGCAGCGUGCGAUGAGAUCAUUUUUGCUGAUGAAUGCACCGAGGCCGAAGGGCGGCACUGGCACAUGAAGCACUUCUGCUGCUUCGAGUGUGAGACUGUGCUGGGGGGGCAGAGGUACAUCAUGAAGGACGGGCGGCCCUAUUGCUGCAGCUGCUUCGAGUCCCUCUAUGCUGAGUACUGCGACACCUGCGCCCAGCACAUCGGUAUCGACCAGGGCCAGAUGACGUACGACGGGCAGCACUGGCAUGCCACCGAGACCUGCUUCUGCUGUGCGCAGUGCAAGAAGUCCCUUCUGGGCCGGCCCUUCCUGCCCAAGCAGGGGCAGAUCUUCUGCUCGCGGGCCUGCAGCGUGGGCGAUGACCCCAACGGCUCCGACUCCUCCGACUCAGCCUUCCAGAGUGCGCGGGCCAAGGAGUCCCGCCGCAGUGCCAAGAUCGGCAAGAAUAAGGGCAAGGCAGAGGAGGCAGCGCUGAGCCAGCUGCAGGUCACCUCCAACCGCCUCUCCACCGACGUGGACCCGCUCUCGCUGCAGAUGGACCUGCUGAGCCUGGCCAGCCAGACGCCGAGCCUCAACCGGGAGCACGUAUGGAGGAGCAGGGAUGAGCUCUACCACUACGGGAGCAAGAUGGAGCAGGGGCAGGCCCAGAGUCCUCUCCAGCUUCUCAGCCAAUGCAAUAUCAGGACUUCCUAUAACCCCAGCCAGGUCCCAGGCUCGCAGCCAGAUCUAUGGGCUAAGCAUUUCAGCAACCCGAAAAGGAGCUCCUCGCUGGCCAUGAAGGGGCACGGAGGCAGCUUCAUCCAGGACUGCAGAGAGGACUACUACUCGGGGAGGCUUCGCUCCCAGGAGAGCUACAGCGACAUGUCCAACCAGAGCUUCCCCGAGACCCGGGGAAGCCUCAAAGUUCCCAAGUACGAAGAGGAAGAGGAAGGCGGGAUGCCCACGCCGCAGUGCCGUACCCGGCACCCCAUCAACACCCUGAAGUUCACAGAGGACCUGACGCCCACCGAGCAAACUCCCCGAGGCUCCAUGGAGUCCCUGGCUCUUUCUAAUGCCACAGGCCUCUCUGCAGAUGGCGGAGCCAAGCGCCAGGAACACCUCUCCCGCUUCUCCAUGCCCGACCUGAGCAAAGACUCAGGCAUGAACGUCUCAGAGAAGCUGAGCACCAUGGGGACUCUCAACUCCUCCGUGCAGUUCCGCAGCGCCGAAUCCGUCCGCAGCCUGCUCUCGGUGCAGCAGUACCAAGACCUGGAGCCCAACCUGCACAACCUGGCCAGCCCCAUGGGCUACCGUGAGCGGCCGGCGCAUGGCCGCCUGCACCAGAGCUUCGACUACGGCAGCGGGACGCCCGGGGCCAAGCUGGCGGCGCAGGAUGGCACCAGGCAUGCCCCCAUGAGCGAGCGCACGCGCCGGCGAACUCCACUGCGGGACGAUGAGCGGCACUACCGCCCGCACCGGCCGCGGCGCUCCCGGCGCUCCCGCUCGGAUAACGCGCUGCACUUGGCUAGUGAGCAGUGCUGCCGACUGAAGGAGAGGCCCUCGCUGCGAGCUAGGGAGGAUUACGAUCAGUUCAUGCACCAGAGGAGCUGCAGAGAGAGCCUGGAGCAGGGUCCCCGCAGGGAUGCCUACGGCCACUGUCCCAGGACGGUGUCAGACCUCGCCCUGCAGAACCACUUGGGCGAGCGGUGGGGGCCCUACUUUGCCGAGUACGACUGGUGCUCGACGUGCUCCUCCUCUUCCGAGUCUGACAACGAGGGCUAUUUCCUCGGGGAGCCGAUCCCCCAACCCGCCCGCCUGCGGUACGUGACCAGCGAGGAGCUGCUGCACAAGUACGGCUCCUACAGCAUGCCCAAGUCUUCCACCUUGGGUGGCAGGGGACAGUUGCACAGCCGGAAAAGACAGAAGAGCAAAAACUGUAUCAUAUCCUAAUGGCAUCCUUGCCAGGCACCUUUGGAGAAUGUAGAUUAACUCACAAACUUGCACUGUUCUAGAUCAUUAAGCGCUUUUAAUUGUAAGAAAAGGACCCGAAGAGGAAGGGUUUGUAAGAAGGUUGUAGACUGGCUUCUAUAAAUAGUUAUAAUCCUGGGCACGGUGAAUAUAUUUUGCACAUCUUACCUUGGAAACACAAAAAAAAGAAGUUCACUUUAGCCUGUAAUAUUUACCAAGUAGUUUCUCUUCUUUCUCCCAGAUGCUGCCACCCUGUUGAGUUCUCUUUGCCCAUACGUUCUGUCACCACUCUUUGCUAUCACCACCUGGUCACUGGUAGCUUUUGCUUCUCACCACAUCGUCGUAUUCCGUGAGCCAUUUUGGUACGUCUUUGUCUCUCUCAGUGUAGGAGCCUAAGUUAUUUCCAUGAUUGUUGUAAAUGCGAUGUAAAUGAGAGUUUGGAGAAAAUAUUUUUGUAUUUUGUAAUAUCAGAGGAAUUUCUAUAUCUUAGGAGUCGCUGGGAAAAAGCAUCCACAUCCAUAGCUGUUUUCCGCCAGAGCUGAACAGAAUACUUUGGGCCCUCCCUUUUCAUUUCAUCAUCAAAUUUCUUAAGUGUAUCAGUGAAAGUUUAAGUUGCUUUAUUUUUUUAAACUCUUUUUUUUUUUUUUUUUUUCUGUUUGUUUUAUUCCUGGUAAGUAAAGAAAACAUUUUCUGACUCAUUAAAUCUUGAAGAGCCCAAGGCAGCACUUUGAAGCCUGCUCACACCUGUGGUUUUCAGGUUCACUAUCAGUCAAAUACAGGAAUCCUGACAGCUGCAAAAGUGACUUUUUUUGUCAAAUAGGAAAGAACAGAACUACCAAAUGUCCGCAAAGUUGUCAAUGACCAAAGCUGGAGAAGGAAUUUUACACCUCUGUAGAGAAUGCUGAAGUUACUAAACGUCGAACUAUUCUUUGGAGUAAAUAAAAGUGUAAAUGGUGCAAUUGUGUGAUGUCAGCAUGACGUUGUUUUGAAUAUAGACUUGUCUUAUGGUGCUCUAGUUUCCUGGGUUAUGUUAACUGCUGUUCAUUACCAAGUGGAAGUCUCAGCAUUGCCUACUGCCUAACACUUCAGAGACCGACUGCAAACUGCUCCCUGCUGCCCGAAGCCGUUCCGUGUCCCGGUGGCAGGGCUCAGCCGUGUUGUGUUCUGGUGGACGUGAGUUGUUCUCUGUACGCUUUCAACCAUCGAGGCAGUGAAGCGCGGUGCAGGCGAUGGAUGCUGUGUGGGCACUGCGCUUCGCAGCAGCAGCCCUGGUAUCCCCACUGCCUCCAAUGGGGCCUCACCUCCCCCCCACCGCGGGAGCAGCACUGGUGGGGGAGGUGGGGUUGCCCACCCGCAGCAGCAGAUGCAGAAAAAUUGUGAAGAUGAGUGUCUCCGUGCCACAAAAUAUUGCUAGGAAUUUUUUUUCUGUUGUUUGUAAAGGACAAUGUGAUAAUUAUUAUUCCUUGAAAAAGAAAAAGAAAAA